AUGCAAACUAGAGAAGCUAAUGACAUUCCAGCAACAGCAGCAGCCUCUGCUAGCAGCUCCCACUCAGAUGCUGCAGAGCUGCACCUCAGAGACAAAACCCAGCAGGACCCAGGAACACAGCUGCUCUCUCUGGACACUCACAUUUGUGGUCACCACAGUGAUGCCCCGCUGAGGAGUUGUGAAUCCUGUACUGAAGUUCCAGACUCCAGCCACUGGGUCCUGGUGAAGCCUGACGUCUCCACAGAGGAGAGCAUCUCCAUCUACAGCCUGAGCUCUCCUGCAGGGAACUAUGAGUGCUCAGAGUCUGGUCUGCGCUGGACUUGUGCUGGUCCAGUCUCCCUGCAGUACCACUUCAUGGACUGGUAUCUCUUGAUUGAUGAGCUGCCCCACAUGCAGUACAGACCAGCUGGCCCUUCAAUGAACAUCAAGCUCAUCUCAGGAGAGCUGGGGGAGAUCCACCUGCCACAUUUCCUCUGUUUGGGAGGUAGCCAGUCUUCUCUGAAGGAUGCUGUGGAGGUUCUGCAUAAGCAGGACAGUGGAGUGUCUAUAGAGAAGUGUGAGCUGAGUCGCUUCCAUGCCAGACUGGUGAACCCCUCCUUUUCUCUUCUCGGGGUUUUCUACUCUCUGAAAUCUCUCAUAUUUCCUGGGAAGGAAGAAGAAAGAGAGAAGCAGAUUGAGAUCCAUGCAAAUGUUCUGGUCUAUCAGAGCAGCAGAGUACCCUUCAUUUUCCGCACAUACCUCCUGCCCAUGGAUACCCACUUUAAAAGGUUAGUGGAGGAGCAGGAAAAAUCUGAGGAAUUCAGAGGCCACAGACUCCCCAAGAACCGGCCUGUGAGACCUCUUCAGAUGAAUGGGUUCUACGCUUUGCAUACUAACUGCUUAAAGACUGACUGCCAAAAGCUUGACUGCAAUUCAAAGAUCAAUCCAGAAGAGCUGGACUUGGCAGACAGAAAUGUUAUUCCCAACUUCUUUGAGGUACACAUGAGGGAGACUGUGGACUUCAAGAUGCUCCUCAGCUCUGUAGACAAACAGCAAGUCUGGCAAGCAGAGAUCUUGGCCACUGAAUGCUGGAACAAUCCCCAGCAGGACAAUGUGAACACCUCUACUGAAGUUCCUGUCUCAACACAAACUGCUAACAUCCAGACCCCAGUGGAAGUGUCCACUACCAGCACAGAUGAGAUGCCCUCUGGCUCCUCUAACCCAGUCCAGCCAGCCUCAGUCUCGUCCUCCAUUACAGCUCACACUGGAGGAGUUGCUGUGUCUCCUAGUCUCUCUGGAAAUACUUUCUAUGGACCCGUAUACAUGUCACCAAAUUCAGAUCACAUUCCACCAAAGUGAACUUCCGGAUGUUGCUAAAACGAAGGUUAUGCAUAUAACCACGGUUCUAUGAGUUUCGGAUGACCGCCAGAGCUUGGCAUUCACUCGGAGGAGGGACGAGAAGAUUGUCAAGUGGUCACUUCCGGGGAGAAAGCACCUUAAGUGCAUGGCGUAGUGCCAUACGUCACCCCGGUCACAGGUGACUUUGUUGGUACAAUACAAACACUCGACCUACACGUAUACGUGAUGGACAUCCAGGCGCUGAAAGCACCGCCUCUGGCGGUCAGUAGAAACGAAAUAGAACUACCCUUCAUCAUGUUGCUCUAUGUGCCAAUCAAAUAAAGCUCCAGUCUAGUAGCACUCAGUCUUCCUAUUUCUUUUUGAGGACAAUUAAAUGUAAUAUCUCUAAUGUUCAUAUUCAAGGCUUAAAGGGAUAUUCCGCCAUUUUUGGAAAUACGCUCAUU